AUGAACAACUCCAAGAAUAGUCCGCCUGAAAAAGAAAACUUCAAUUUCAAUUUCACUCCAGAGUUCAAAAGAGUUUCCCGUUUUUUUCAUGGACAAUACCCAUUCAAGGACGCGGUCGUGUUAGACAUGCGAGGAAUGAAGAUGGUCAAUACUGGAAUUCUUCGCCAAAUUUCCCAAAUUCUGAAAAACGUUCUUUCUCUGAUAUUGGAUUCACCCGACGCACAUCAAACGAUGGCAGUUCGAAUGUCAUCCGGACGCUUCUCAAAAAAAAAGUUUAUCGAUAUUCCCGAAAAUGUGCUAAAUCAAAUAUGCGAUUAUUUAUGCCAAUGCUACGGGUAUCCUCCGAAACUGCGGUUUCCUGGGUACUCAUAUGAAGACCUGCUACUAGAUGAUCCACUGCUAGCCGGUAAACUUGGCAACACAGAGGAAGAGCGAAAGAGAAACUUUGUGAAAUUAAUUGAAGAUGUCACCGAAUUCUGCCAAAUGACCAAAGAUAAGCUCCAGCGGAUACUGAAUGAUCUUCGAUCAUACAAGCUGAUCCACACGGAGACUGGAAAAGACGUUCACGGAAAUUCGGUUUAUCGGGCGGAAUUUGUGAAGGAGGACAACACGACAGGAAAAAAGAAUAAUGAGGCGAUAAAAACGAUUGGUCCCAUCGCAAAAACGCCUUCCAGUGAUGAUGAUAUCACAUUUAGCGGAGAAGAGGACAAUUUACAUUAA